AGAGUGAAAUUACGAACGCACCCUCAGGGUGGGCGUCUCCCAGCUACCUUUGCUUACCUGUCAUUUCCAAAUCUUAAAGCGAUUAGAUUUCCAAUAGGUACCUCACUGGUUUGAACUAAAGGGACAUUUUGUAUUGACAAAUGGAAUUGCCCGUGAAGAAAGGUUUCCUUAGACUGGAAAUACAGAAAACAACAUGGGAGGUUCCGGAGCAAUAUACCGCACUGAAAGCUGUUGGCUCAGGUGCUUACGGGACAGUAUGUUCUGCUGUUGACCAGCAGACCAAGGAGAAGGUGGCCAUUAAGAAGCUCUAUCGUCCAUUUCAGUCCCUGAUCCAUGCUAAACGGGCCUACCGGGAACUACGACUGUUGCGCCACAUCCAGCAUGACAAUGUGAUCUGCCUCCUUAAUGUCUUCACACCUGAUUUCUCCCUGGAGAAAUUCCAGACAUUUUACAUGGUGAUGCCCUUCGUUGCUGAGGAUCUCGGUAACAUCAUGAAGAGGAGGAGAUUGACUGAUCGCGUCAUCGUUUACCUCUUCUACCAGCUUCUAUGUGGCCUCAAGUAUAUCCAUUCUGCAGGGAUCAUCCAUCGGGACCUAAAACCUGGCAACCUCGCCGUGAACGAUAACUGUGAAUUGAAGAUCCUGGACUUUGGUCUAGCGAGACAUGCAGAGAGUGAGAUGACGGGCUAUGUGGUGACACGCUGGUACAGGUCACCAGAGGUCAUCUUCAACUGGAUGCACUAUAGCCAGUCAGUGGACUUGUGGUCAGCAGGCUGCAUCUUGGCUGAGAUGAUCACAGGCCAGGUUCUGUUCCCAGGCAAAGACAGCAUUGACCAGUUGAAGAAGAUCCUCCACGUAACAGGAACACCACCGUCCUCCCUGCUACAGAAGAUGCAGAGCAAAGAUGCUCGUUCAUAUGUGCAGGGUCUCCCUAUCCAAAAGAAGAAAAACUUUAAGGAAGUCUUUCCCUCCUUGGAUGUAAAUGCGGUGGAUCUGCUGGACAGCAUACUGCUGCUGGACCCAGACACCAGGAUGACAGCUAAAGAGGGCCUCUCACACCCCUACCUCUCUGAGUUCCAUGAUCCAGAAUCUGAACCCGACUCCCCACCGUACGACGACUCCUUUGAAAGCAUGGAGCUUGACGUGGGAGAGUGGAGUAGUCUGAUCCACAUGGAGAUUAUGACUUUUGACCCCAGAAACCCCAGUGCCACUGCAAUGUAGCGGACAGACACAACAGAACACUGGCUCCCACAUGGCUCAACCAUUGCUCCAUCUUAUAAAAAGCAUCACAUUUCACAACAUGGUUUUAUGACUUCAUGAAACAUGAUACUGGAAAGAAUGGCGCCGAAGGAGAUGGCUGUCUUUUUACGAUCCCGUAACUAAUUGUGCGAUUGUUUAAAAGCAUUGUUGGUUAAGGGCUUGUAAGUAAGCAUUUCACAGUGUUGUAUUCGGCGCAUGUGACAAAUACAAUUUGAUUUGAUUUGGUAUGUCAUCAUUUUUAUGGAUCCCUCAUGUUUUAAGGGUAGGUCAUGGUUUUAACUUGUUUUAUGGUAUACAUUUUCAGAAUGCUUCGUAAAAAUGAAUAUGAAUGAUGUACAACCUUUUAAUAUAUUAGUAGUAUUAUCAUAUUAAAUAUAGUAACGUGGUAAUCAACCCCACCAUUUGCAUGUUUAUCCAAUUGGCUACAAUCUAUGUAUGAACAAUGUUUUUAUCAUGACAGAGUAAAACCUCAUACCUCAAAUCAAUCUCAUCUAUGAACACAUUUUCAUCUCUGACUCAAUUAGCAUUUUCCAAAAUUAAGCAUGUUUUGGUAUCUUAACUGAAAAAUGAUGUUUGAUGCCAGAAACGAAAUCUCAAUCAAUAGAUCCACAUAGUGUACAGUAGACGGCACAUGUUCAGUGUAAUGUAUAACGUUCUUAUGCUGCCCUUUUGUUUGUGAUUGGGUCAGAUAGGUCAUCAUUUCAGUUCUGUUACAGCAAUGGUAAUAAGUCAAAAAUACUUUAAGGUACUACUUAAGUCAUUUUUGGGGGGUAUCUGUACUUUGCUAUUUAUAUUUUUGACAACUUUUACCUUCACUACACUACAUUCUUAAAGAAAAGAAUGUACCUUUUAUUCCAUACAUUUUACCUGACACCCAAAAGUACUUUUCAGAAUUUUCAGGCAGGACAGCAAUAUGGUCCAAUUCACGCGUCUAUCAAUAUAACGCAUUGUCAUCCCUAAUGCCUCUGAUCUUACAGACUCACUGCAAAUACUGCAUUUGUAAAUUAUGUCUGAGUGUUGGAGUGCAUCCCCUGGCUGUCCGUCAAUAAAAAAAACAAGACAAUUGUGCCAUCUGGUCUGCUUAAUGCAAGUAUGAUAAUUGAGUACUUUUUUCACCAUUGUGUUACAGUAGAUGUAUGCGUGUGUUACGUUAGUUAAAGUUGUCUGCCUGUAUCCCACCUGCUGAAAUUGAAGUAGAUUAAAUACAUUUAAAUUGAAUCAGAUUUAAUUACAUUUUAAUUAAUACAGUACUACUGCUUUUGUCUGUAACGAUUCACUAGCAUUCCAAAAAGAGGGCAAUAUGAAUGUUUGAUUGUAUUGUUUUGGGUGCUAUAAAUGCUAUCCCAAUUUCCUCAGAAAACAUCCAUACAUGGUUGAUAUUUAUUUUAUAGUAAAGAGAAGUAACACAUGUUCACACUAUCUAAUACUGUCAGAUUCAUUGUAAAUCCCAUUUAAAGGGACAGUUCAUCCAAAUUACAAAAUUAUAUUGUUUUCCUUACCCUGUCAGCAGUUAAUGGACAAGGUAUGACAGCAAUCAUGCUUUGUUAAUUUCUUUACCUGGUCACUGUUUCAAAUGCUAAGUUUUUUGCAUUUUUGGCUCAAAUCCAAUGCAAGUCAUUCAUGCCUAUAUUAUAAUUGUUGCUCUUUAUGAACAUAUCAUCUAUAAGAAACUUCAAUGAGUUGCGAUACAUUUUUACAUGAUUCGGACAUGAAGAGUAAAAAUGCUAAUAUAGGUACCAUUAACUUGCAUUUCAUUUGUGCUACAAAUGCUAAAAAGAUAUAUUUUGAAACAGUGGCCAGGUAAACAAAACCAAUGCAUGGAGUGCGGUCAUACCUUGUCCAUAGACUGCUUACACAGGGUAAGAAAACAAUGCAAUGGUUAACUAGAUUAUAGUGAGGAUAAAUUCCUCAAUGUUGUGUUACAGGCCUUGACGAUGUGUCAUUACAUUUGGCUAUUUUGUGGUUUGAAAUCGAAUUCUUCACAAGUCAGCUCACACUUUGACAUUGCAAAGAGCCGUUCGUGUCUGAUUGCAUCUUGUUUUCCAGGUGGCAAAAAAUUCUAAUAGUUCCUUAAUUUCAGUUUAUGUGUCAAAACAAGAACGAAUCGUGUGGAGAAUCAUUGUACCAUAUAAACCAAUGAAAUAUAUUUUCCAUAAACAAAUAUGUUGUAUUUUCAGCUGGUGUACAAAACUGAAUGUAAAAGACACAAAAACAAAACUUAGAUCUAUCGCUUUUUAGACUUGCUUUCAAUGAGAAUGACAGAUCUGUAGCAUGUACGCUGGGAGUCAGAAAGCAAGUGCAGGUGAUGAGUUUAAUAAUAAACAGACCAUUUGCCAAAAUAACAGCCACGAGUCACGUAUAGACAUGACACACAUAGUCAAAUACUGCCUGGGGACUGGAACUAAGGGAGUGACAGAUAUAGGGGAGGUAAUCAGUGAAGUGAUGGAGUCCAGGUGUGCCUAAUGAUGAAGCGCAGAUGCGCGUGAUGAUGAAUGCCAGGUGUGCAUAAUGAUGAAUGCCAGGUGCGCGUAAUGAUGAAUGCCAGGUGUGCGUAAUGAUGAAUGCCAGAGGUUGUAAUCUGAAUAUAGGGGAAAAGGCCAUUUCUAAACACGGCAUGAGCCUUUCUUACUAAUCCGUUAGAAAACCAGUUAGGAUUUAAAUACAACUUUUGUAUUACUGAAUCCUUAAGUGAGAGGGUCAAUGAUUUCUUAUUUAAUCAUUUCAGCCCUCCGAAAUCAUAUUCAUUAUAUAAAUUGUCUCGUUUAAUUUUUGGUCUGUCUUGCUGUUCCAAAUCAAAUGUAAUAUUUUUUGUUCAUAUAUUUUAAAAACAAGUUGUUUGGUAUAGUCCGGGCCAUAAGUACAUAGGUAAACUGCGAUAUGACUAAAGAAUUAAUCAGGGUGAUUUUUCAACAAAUAGACAGGUGUUUACCUUUCCAUGGUAGCAAGAUCAUAUCUAUUUUUGAUAACUUUCUGUAAAAAUUUAUUGCGGUUUGAUUGUUUCUUUCUUUCGGAUAUGUCACGCCAUGACCUUAGUAUUCUUUGUUUUCUUUAUUAUUUUGGUUAGGUCAGGGUGUGACAUGGGUGAUAUGUGUGUUUUUGUCUCAUCUAGGGUGUUUGUACUGUCUAGGGGUUUUGUAGAUUUAUGGGGUUGUUUCCAUCUAGGUGUUUAUGUAGGUCUAUGGUUGCCUAGAUUGGUUCUCAAUUAGAGGCUGGUGUUUAUCGUUGUCUCUGAUUGGGAACCAUAUUUAGGCAGCCAUCUUCUUUGGGUAUUUCGUGGGUUAUUUUCUAUGUGUAGUUGCCUGUGUCAGCACUCUUUAUCAUAGCAUCACAGUUGUUUUUUUGUUUAAGUGUUAUUUGUGUUUUUCGUCAUUCAAUAAAAGAAUGGAUUCACACCA